UUUUGUUUAGUAUAAAUUUAAAUCUAUAUGCAGUAUGACAAUAAUUUUCAUAUUUUCUUCUCUCUUUCCACUAGUAAUUUUCGUCUAUUUCUAUUUUCAUUCAAAAUACAACUAUUGGCGAACUAGAGGAAUACCAUGUGUUCCAGGAAUAAUUCCAGUUUUCGGUCACAUGUGGUCCUUGGUGUCAUUAAAGGAAAGUUUUCCAACAUUAUGCGAGAGAAUCUAUCAGAAAUAUGAAAAUUCAAGUAUGGUGGGAUUUUAUCAAUUUAAAACACCAACAUUACUUAUUCGUGAUUCUGAAUUAGCAAAAUUAAUUCUUGUCACGAAUUUUUCGAAUUUUGGUGAAAAUCAAAUUUUACUGGAUCCUCAUUUGGAUCCGUCGAUGAGUAAGAAUCCGUUUUUUGCUCGAAUGGAGGAUUGGAAGAUUGUGCGAUCAGUAAUGACGACUGGAUUUUCGAGUAGUAAAUUAAAAUCACUUUUUUUAUCGACAAGAGAUGUGUCUUUUAAGUUGAGGAAAUUUUUGGUUACUCAGAUUGAUAGGAGGGGAAAAGAAGUGGAAUUGGUGGAAUUUUGGAAUCGAUAUACAGGAGAAUUUGUGGCACAUGUUGGAUUUGGUUUGGAGGGUCAUUGCUUUGAGAGUGAUGAUAAUUUCGAAAGAAUCAUAUCUGUGAUGUUUGGUUCAUCAAUUUUGGCUAGAACUAAAGAAAUGCUGUCGUUCUAUUCGCCGGGUCUGGCGAAAUUAUUGAGAAUUCGUCGAGUACCGAAGAAAUUGGAAUUAUUUUUUCGCGACAGCAUUAAGGACGUGCUGAAAAAGAGAAAUAGCCAAGAACAUUAUGACGACUUUCUGCAAAUGAUGAUAGAACAUCAAAAAACCCACGGCGAUUGUAAAAUAAACGAAAAAAAUCUCCUAAUCUACAUGGAGGGUUUUCUACUCGACGCCUAUGAAUCAGCAAGUAUUAGUUUAAGUUUCCUCUGUCUUCAAUUAGCCUUGUAUCCAAAAAUUCAGGACAAAGUCCGCCAGGAAAUAGUUGUGAAUCUCCAAAAAUAUGAUAAUCAACUGUGUUACGAAUUACUCAACGAUCUUAAUUAUAUGGAACAAGUUUUAUACGAAUCAUUAAGAAUGAAUGCAACAAUACCGCUAUUAUCAAAAAGAUGCAUUGAGGAAUGUGAAAUUUCCGCAAAAGAUGGCUUAUCUUGUAAAAUUAGUCCCGGUGUCAUUGUCCUAAUAUCCCUCUACGGAUUGCACAUGGAUCCAAAAUAUUGGCCAAAUCCAGAGAUGUUUGAUCCCGAACGAUUCAGCGAACGGGAAAAAGAGAAAAGAUCAUCAAAAUUCACCUUUUUACCAUUUGGUCAAGGUCCACGUAUGUGUGUUGGCAGAAGAAUGGCAAUGAUUGAAAUGAAAUUAGCACUAAUUCAAUUACUCUUAAAUUGUAGUUUGGAAAUUUCUUCUAAAACAGACCUGCCGAUAAAACGUGAUUUGCAUUUUUCGACUACACCCAAAUCUGGACUUUGGGUGAGGCUUAAACUUUUGUCCUGAAUUAUUAUUUUUUUUUUUUUUUAAUUUUUACUGUUGUAAACUUCAAAAAAUUUUUUGAUUAUGGGAAAUAUUUAAUUCUUGCAAACUUGAAAUUAGGAGGCGUGGACAAUCUAAUUCUAAAAUUACAAUAUUAAAUGAUUCUUACCUUUUCC